UUGGAGAGCUUUUUCUUCGUCCUGCUUUCAUUCUCCUCUUCGUACCAGGGAGAAAGACAAUGAACGAAGUUAUAACAGCUUUAUCAAGUGGGGACUACUUUUUUGAUUAGUGAUCGUUUUGUAAGUAUGUUUAAAAGCUCUGCCAAACCUCUUGCAGGUGAGGUAAAAAAGCAAGGCAAUUUAGUGAAACGAUCACAGAACAAGAAGAGGUUUAGUUUGAUCAACUACAAGAGUCGAUGGUUCGUCCUUACCACAAAGUUCCUCGCCUACUACGAGGGCGAAUGCGAGAAUCGCAAAGGAAAAGAAAAGGGACGUGUCGACCUCCAAACAGUGAAAGUUGUGGAAGCUGUUGAUCCAGCACCUGACACACCUGCCAUCGGUCCAUUGGCAAACCUUACAGGUUCUAUUCCGAGUGAUUUGAAGGGAUCUCCUGCUUUUCAGAUAGUGUACAAUCCUUAUGAGUGUAAUGAAGGUUGUAGUGCAACAGACUUGACUCUUUGCAUUUUCACUCCCACUCAGCAAGAAAGAGAUAUCUGGCUUUGGAAUAUCCGAGCUGUGGUCAAAGACAGUGCUCCUCUUGUGAAUGUGUAUCACCCUGCCCUGUGGGGGAAUAGAAGUUAUCUUUGCUGUGGAUCAACCCAAAGGUCCACGUCUAAGGCAAUAAACGGUUGCCGUUCUGUAACUUGGGCUCCCAAUACACUUCAACACAUGGGCAUCAAUUUCAGUAACAUCAUCCACCAUCCGUCUCCCUCACCAAGUCCUGUCGCUAAACCUGCGAAUGGGGCUGAAGUCGAGGCGGCCAUGGUCAAACCAACGGCGAUUAAACCCACGACGGAAAUUCAUCCGGCAAUCGUCGGGGAUGUUGUUCCUGCAUCCCCUUCCACCUCUCACAACGCCGUUGUUGCGUUAGGUUCUUCCAUCCCGACUGAACCCGCUGUCGUGCCUAAGAAGGUUGUGGCCCUCUACCCAUUCCAGGCUAUUGAAAGCGGGGACAUAUCCUUAGAAAAGGGUGAAGAAUACGAAGUGGUCGACGAUUCCCAGGAACACUGGUGGAAAGUCCGCGACAAGUUUGGGGGAAUUGGUUACAUUCCAUCGAAUUAUGUAAAGGAGAAAGAGCUAAUUGGCUUACAGAAAUAUGAUUGGUAUGUGGGAGACAUGUCUCGCCAACGGGCAGAGAACUUGCUCAAACACGAAGAUCGCGAGGGCUGUUUCGUCAUCCGUAAUUCUUCCACAAAGGGAAUGUACACCCUCUCUUUGUUCACCAAAAUACCCACCCCACAAGUCAAGCAUUAUCACAUCAAACAGAACAGUAAGCUAGAGUUUUUCUUAUCAGAAAAACACUGUUGCCCGACUAUCGCCGAGCUGGUCAACUAUCACCGUCAUAACAGCGGUGGUUUGGCGUGCCGAUUGAAAAUGCCGCCAGUCGGUGAUAGAUCCAUUCCAGCUACAGCAGGAUUGAGUCACGACAAAUGGGAGAUUGACCCAUCUGAGCUAACCUUGUUAGAGGAGCUGGGCUCGGGCCAGUUUGGCGUUGUGAGACGAGGCAAAUGGCGCGCCAAAAUUGAAGUUGCCAUCAAAAUGAUGAAAGAAGGAACCAUGAGUGAAGACGAUUUUAUAGAUGAAGCUAAAGUCAUGACGAAGUUGCAGCAUCAGAAUUUGGUGCAACUCUACGGCGUGUGCACUAAACAUCGACCUAUAUUUAUCGUGACUGAAUACCUCAAGCACGGCUCUUUACUGAUGUACUUGCGGAAGCAUGAAACCACACUGACAGGAAAUUACGGCAUGCUUCUUGAUACAUGCAUACAGGUCUGCAAGGGUAUGUCCUAUCUAGAGCGCCACAAUUACAUCCAUCGUGACUUGGCCGCCAGGAAUUGUUUGGUGGGUGUAGAAAACGUGGUGAAAGUAGCCGAUUUCGGGCUAGCAAGGUACGUGCUUGAUGAUGAAUAUACGAGUAGUGGCGGAGCCAAGUUUCCCAUCAAAUGGGCCCCUCCGGAAGUGCUACACUACACGAGAUUCUCUUCUAAAUCAGAUGUCUGGGCCUAUGGUGUCUUGAUGUGGGAAGUUUUCACCUGUGGCAAAAUGCCCUACGGAAGGUUGAAAAACGCCGAAGUUGUGGAACGCGUUCAGCGUGGUAUUGUGCUAGAGAGACCACCGCGAUGUCCAGAAAAAAUAUAUGCGGUAAUGCAAAUGUGCUGGGCACACAACGCUGACGACCGUCCAUCCUUCCGAGGGCUAAAGGAAGAACUCAAGCUGCUAGAACUCGACUAACCUUCAACUUUAGAAUGGUGUCUGCUCAUUUCUUUAAAUAUGGUGAGGAAAUCAUGUCUUGUUUUUCUAAAAUGCUGUAUCUGUAUCCCUCGCUUGAUGGUGGAAUAAGUGCUCAGGAGUGUUUGACAUGAACCACAAAAUAUUUGUGGGACUCUAUUUCCACUUUUAUGUAUCUCAUAAUAGCGGAAAGAUUUUCUUAAAAAAAAGUGCAACAAUCAAAUGUAGAGAAAAUAACUGUGACGCGUUUUUAUUUGACUGAUGAAAUAUGUAUCCCUUCUUCAUUUUACACGAAUUCGUGUACAUGUUGUUUUAAAUGCGAUAAAUUCUUGCUUCCGCGUCCUUUUUUUAUGAAAUGGUGUGCGAUUUUUAUUGUAAUACACUACAAAUUGUACAAUGUU